UCCUUGGGACACGCUCGCUCGCUGUUGCAAGAGGUUCCUCCGGAAAGCUUGGGCCUUUUCUUCCAUUGAUGCCGAAACCACAAAAAGCCGAGCGAUUCUGAAUUCUCCUCCUCUCAAAUUUUCUCCUUCUUCCUACUAGAACCUUCCAGUUCCGCCUUUCCCAAUUAGGGUUUUUACAGGGUUUAUCAUAUCGUCGUCAAUUUGGUAUCCUCCAAUUACCAACCCUAAUUUACUGUUCGACCCACAUCACAUACAGAGCUUCAGAUACAGUGUGACUGUCUGCGUCACGUAGCUCCAAAUGGUUCGCUCCGAUGGCGUCAGGCUCAUCCGUUCGUUGGCUCGUCGUUCUUUCACAUCCUACCUCCUGUCUGAAUCCGGGAGCUCCGUACAGGACGCGAUUUUUCGAGGGAGUUGUAGGCGAUUCAAUUCAGGGGUUUGCUACACGUCUUUUAUUUUGGGAAAUUGCGGUUCGAAGAAUGUGAAUAAAAAGAACUGGUUUCAGUUAGGAGUUCUAGGUGCCAACUGUGGAGAGGCAAAAUUAAUUCAUGGCACUGCACAUAUGGCCGCGAGAGAUUUUUAUGACACACUUGGUGUGAACAGAAACGCAACUGCAUCUGAAAUAAAGAAAGCAUAUUACGGGCUCGCAAAAAAGCUUCAUCCAGAUACAAACAAGGAUGACCCUGAUGCUGAAAAGAAGUUUCAAGAAGUUAGCAAGGCUUAUGAGGUUCUAAAAGAUGAGGAUAAACGCCGACAAUAUGAUGAGGUUGGGCAUGAAGCAUUUUCCCAACAAGAUCAGAAUGGCUUCCCUGGUGAAGGUUUUGACCCAUUUAGUGGAAUAUUUAGGGGAUUUGAUUUCACUAAUAUAUUUCGCCAGAACUUCGGUGGAGAAGAUAUCAAGGUUGCUUUGGAUAUAUCCUUUAUGGAAGCUGUUCAGGGAUGCUCAAAAACUGUGUCAUUUAAUGCCGCUGUUCCAUGUGAUACUUGUGGUGGAAGUGGUGUUCCACCAGGAACAAGACCUGAAACAUGUAGACGCUGUAAGGGCUCAGGCAUGACGUACAUGCAAACUGGUCCAUUUAGAAUGCAAGCUACAUGUCAGCAAUGUGGUGGAAGUGGGAAAAUUGUAUCGAACUUCUGCAAGUCCUGUAAAGGAGAACGAGUUGUGAGAAGAUUGAAAUCUGUUAAGGUGGACAUAAUGCCAGGGGUAGAUGAUAAUGAAACUAUGAAGGUGUUUAGGAGUGGAGGUGCAGAUCCUGAUGGAAGCCAACCUGGUGAUCUAUAUAUUACUAUUAAGGUUCGCGAAGACCCAGUUUUCAGACGAGAGGGCUCUGAUAUUCAUGUGGAUGCUAUUUUAAGUAUCACUCAGGCUGUAUUAGGAGGCACUAUCCAGGUUCCAACUCUAACGGGCGAUGUUGUCCUUAAGGUCCGUCCUGGCACUCAACCUGGACAAAAGGUUGUUCUGAAGAAGAAAGGGAUAAAAACGAGGAACUCUUACUCAUUCGGGGACCAAUAUGUGCACUUCAAUGUCAGCAUACCAACGAGUCUUACUCCAAGGCAGCGUGAGUUGAUCGAGGAAUUCUCGAAGGAAGAGCAAGGAGAAGACGAUAAACGCACGGCUGCUGGAGCGUCCGGGUAGAUACAACAUUCUAAGAGCUAUUGUUUAAACCCCCAUCCCAUUUUGUUGUAGCCAAGUCUCCAGUUUUAGAAAGGAAGGAAAAUGGUAUGGUUCUACUAUCCAAUUAGGACCCAACCAAUACAAAAGUUUUGUAGGAGUAUUGUUGGUUAUAUUUAUGCGAGAGUCGAGUCGAACGCCAUAUGUAGACAUACUGUAGUUUCCAUUGUAUAGACUUGUUUUGUUUAUUUUAUCAUAAUGGGCAUGGAAUCAAUGUCCACGAGAUGGUAUUCUUUCUGCUCGAUUGAUUUCUUGAGAUGGGUUUUGGAAUCUGAGUGAUGUCCCUUUAGAGACA